AUGAAAUUCUACAACCUCUCCUUCUUCUGCCUCAUCGGCAGCGCUUUGGCCGGCAACGUCCUGGCAACCUCAUCCAACGACAAUGAGCUCCAACAGCGCAACGCUGAGCCGAUAAACAACUUUGCUGCCAACUCUGUAGCAAAACGCGAUGACGGCGAUAAUGUCGACGUCUCCGCCCUGUUGGCUGAUAUCGAGGAUACUAUUGACGAGAUUAAAGCAGCUUAUGGUAUCGAGAAGAGAGGCACAGACCGUUUUGUUGCGAGAAAGGAUACAAGACGCUGA